UUGGUUUCUUAUCUCCCUCGGCCUUAUUCUCUACAUGUUGUUUGACGUGGCCUAUUUCAUCAGAGUUGUGAUCUUGACGUUGUACGUGAUGGGCCGUAAAAUGAUACAACCAAGACUCCAAGCUGGAUUGUUAGAAGACAAUGUUUUGAAAGUUAUUUGCUUGACAACAGAUAUGGAUUUUAACUGGCAUAUGAAUAAUGGGCGCUACUUGCGAGAGGCUGAUUUUGCUCGCUACAAGUGGUUUUUAGAAACCUCAGUUUGGGAUACCGUCAGUUCCCUGGGUGGCAGUGCUAUUACCUCCGCCAGUUCUAUACGUUACAGGAAGUCAGUGCAGCUAUUUGACAUCAUCCACCUUCACUCUAAAAUUAUAUGCUGGGACGAUAAGGCAUUUUAUAUGGAGCAGCGAUUUGAGAGGAGGCCUGACAACUUUGUAUGUGCAGUAGCCCUCGUGAAGAUAAGCCUCAUUAAAGUUUCCCCACAAAGUGUGGUGGACAAGAUAUUAGGAGUAGGAACAGAAAGCCCCCCUGUGCCUUUGGACCUGCAAAAGUGGAUAGAGUCUAACACUGCAUCUAGUGAUAAACUUAAGGCAUUAUGAUGAGGAAACAAAGUCCAUUUUGCCACAUUUGCAUUUGCAUUUCAGUUUAUUUUAAAUGCAUAAUUUAUUUGAUUUUUUGAGCCGUUUGAAAUAUUUUGCCAGUUUUAGGAUAUAUACAUGUUAAUCAUUUUUAUACCUGACCGGCAUUAGACGGAGCGUAUUAUUUUAUAGCGGAGGCCUUCGUGGCUCAGCUGGUUAGCGUGCUAGCGCAGCGUAAUGACCCAAAAUCCCCUCACCAAUGCGGUCGCUGUGAGUUCAAGUCUAGCUCUUGCUGGCUUCCUCUCCAGCUGUGGGAAGGUCAGCCAGCAACCUGCAGAUGGUCGUGGCUCCAUAAUGCUAGCUGCCGUCGUAUAAGUGAAAUAUUCUUGAGUAUGGCAUAUAAAACCAAUCAAAUAAAUAAAUGAAAUGAUUUUGUGCGUCUGUUCGUAUUCAUGCCUGGAGUAUAUCUCCAAUUGUUUUCCACAGAGAGUUUUAAUUUUUGGUGGAUACAUAGUUACACAGAUGACGAUGUGUUGUGACUCACAUUUGUUCAAUUGCGUGGUUGUUUGGUAACCGCAUAGCCAUUUUCCCUACAUACUAUACAAAUAGAUAUAAUUUUGUGUCCGGGAUAUAACUCCAACUGUUUUAAUUUUUGGUGGAUAUCUUUAUACACUCAUGACGAAGUGUCGUCACUAACAUUUGUUAAUGGCCGUUGCCAUGGUUACCAUAUCGCCAGUUUCCCUAUAUAUACUAUACAAACAGAUAUGAUUUCGAGUCUGGGCUAUAACUCCAACUGUUUUCUGCAUAGAGCUUUCAUCUUUGGUAGAUAUAUACAUACAUAUGUAGAUGGUGAUGUCUCGCGACUCACAUUUGUCCAUUUUUGGUGGACACAUUUGUCCAUUUGGGCGGUUGUCAUGGUAACCACAUAACCAACACCCAUGAAGAUUCCCCUCAGCAGUUAUACUCACCACAAUGCUGCUGGUAUUCUUUUAUACAUUUCAAACAAAUACAUUUGUUGGGUCAUAUGUUGUGAUCACCUGAAAUCUUGUUAUCAUUGCUGUUUAGAAGGUUGUGUAUAUAGUUUGUGAUUUGCCUCUCACACCAGAUAAUAGUUGUACUUUUAAUGCAUCAGUCAGGUGUGCUUUUCUGGUGUGAUGAACAUGGCCAGUAUUGUUGUAUGUGAUGUUUUCUAUUCUGUAGUAUUACAUAAUUGUCAAUCCUAUUACUAACUGAAACAAAAUUAUCACCUGUGUUAAAACCUGCAAUGGUGUAUAAUGUUAAACAUGAACUGCUGGUACAUUAAUGCCACUGUAAAUUCAAACACUUUUCAAGUCAGCUCACACCUCAGCCCAGUUUCACAAAGCGACAUACAACAUUUUUUGGAUGUACAUUUGUCGUACAGUAUUUUGUAUGUCACUGCUACUGUGCAAUUAUCAUACCUGUACCACAUCUUUGUGAAACUGAACCCAAUUGUAUUUGAACUUGCUCUUUUUGUUGAAAUAUUGAUUUUAGCGCCACUUUUCUUUCUGAUGUCGUGGCCUGACAAAUGAGUGCUUUUAUUAAUACAUUUUACAAUUUUGUUUUGUUUUUUUUACAAUGUGCAUUGUCUAUUCACAUACGUACAUUAGUUUUAUGUUUGCAAUUCUUUUUUUUUUUUGGACAAUAUACAUUUUGAUUAUU